GUCUUUAAUUUUUAGGGUUUCAUAUUAAUUCGAUUGUUUGUUAGAAUUAUUAAUAUUUGCUGUCAAUUUGACUUAUUAGGCAUCGAUUAUGAGAUUAAUUUGAUGUUCACUUCAAUCCAGAACGUUCCUCACUCAAAAAAAUAUCACUUCUAGCUGAUUUAAGGUUCUUGGAUCUAUGUGGCGCUCAGGUUGGAGUCAAUGAAUCCAUUUAUUUGGUUGCAUUUGUCCUUUUUCCUUGGUGGAUAGAUAGAUGAGUUUAUUUGAGAUCUUGGAUUAUCUUUCACCGUCUUGUAGAGUAUAACUCAGGGAUUUUGAUUGCUAGCAAAUCCAUAGUACAGAUUAUAUAUGUUGUACCUCCCUCGAUGCUUUUCAUUCCAAAUGCUUCUUCAACAUGGCAGGUGUGUGCGUAUCACAGAUGAAGGUGUGAUUACCAUGGCUAAUAGUUGGACCUCCCUCGAAUUUCUCAGCUUGUUUGGGAUAGUAGGAGUGACUGAUAGAUGUCUAGAGACUCUCUCGCAGACAUGCUCUGCUACACUCACCACUCUUGAUGCUAAUGGCUGCAUCGGCAUCAAGAGUAAGUUAGGAGGAGGAAGCCAGCAGCAAGGUCAGAGAGUAAGCUACAACAAGAGUAAGCUCACUCUUGGCUUACGGACAGUCAAAAUUGAUAAGGUAUGGUCCUAUAUCUCUCAUAUGUUGUUGUUCUUGUUUUUUUGA